CUGAACACCAGGCUCUGAACUCCCCGUGUGUGAAGGGAGUACAGACACACACACACACACACACACACGCUCUCCUCGAGCUCCUGGAGCAGAGAUGUUCAGGGCCACUCUCGUCUGCGCUCUGCUGCUGCUGUCGGCGGCCACCGUGGAUUUGGGAGGCUCUCCGUCCGGCUUCUACCCGCGUUUCAAUCCCUUCUUUUUCUUGUGCACCCACCACGGUGAGAUGGAGGGCCCCGGGGCCGAGGGAGGAGGAGAGGUGCUGCUCACCUUCCAGAUCCACGGGAGCCCCGGCACAUACGUCCCGGGACAGGAGUACCAGGUGACGAUCUCCACCAGUACUUACUUCGAUGGGCUGCUGGUCACCGGUCUCUACACCUCCACUUCUGUCCAGUCGUCUCCCAUCCCUGCGUCUCCAGCCUUUGGCUUCGGGGUGAUGUCAGACAGGCAGUUCGGGACUCAGUUUGUGUGCAGUGUGGUGGCGUCUCACGUCAGUCACCUGCCCUCCACCAGCCUCAGCUUCAUCUGGAUCGCUCCUCCACCCGGCACCGGCUGCGUCAACUUCAUGGCCACAGCGACGCACCGAGGACAGAUCAUCUUCAAGGACGCUCUGGCGCAGCAGCUCUGUGAGCAGGGAGCUCCCACUGAAUCUCCUCUUCGGCCCAGUCUAGCUGUGGUUCAUGGUGAUCAUGCUGUUCUCCGGGAUGACUUUGAACACAACUCACAAGAAGAGCUUAAUCUCAAUAUCUGGUCAGACUGCAGUAACUGUGAGGUUGGAGAGCAGUGUGGUGCGCUGAUGCACGGAAAAGCAGUGACGUUUUGUGAGCCCUUUGGACAGAGAGAACUGACGACAGUGGCUCUGAACACGAGCACCGCAUCAGUCCUGCAGUUUGCCUUUGGAUCUGGAUCUUGUCGGUUCAGUUACUCGGACCCCAGUAUCAUCAUCUCCUGUGGUCUGAACUCCUCUGAUGACUGGAUCACCUUGGAAAAGAUCAGGGCUCCCACUAACAGCAGCACAGUGGUCCAUCUCCUGCCAUUGCCUCCGGGCUGUAAAGGGGAGGCCGUUCAUCUGCGCUGGAGUCAGGAGCCACCCGUGGGGCCCGAUGGUUAUGAGUCCUGCUGGGGCCUCGAUAACAUACUGGUGCUGAACACGGCUAACCGGCCCCCGCUGCUGGAGGACAGCCUGGACCCUCUGGACACGGCCAACUGGCUCUUCUUCCCUGGAGCCACAGUAAAGCACGCUUGUCAGUCAGAGGGAAACUCCUUGUACUUUCAUGGCGGAGAGGGAUUCGAGCACAGCUUCGCCUCCACACGAGACGUGGACCUGCACCGUGAAGAGGGACGCAGCUACUGGGAGGAAGACUUUGAGAGUCCACUGAGUGGAUGGGAGGUUGAUGGAGCGGUGAAUGGAGUUCAGUGUGGAGAGGUGGAGUCUGGAUCUGCACUCGUCUUUCUCAAAGAUGGACAGAGGAAGGUGUGCACACCGUACCUCAAUACCACCGCCUACGGAAACCUGCGCUUCCACUUCACCAUGGGGGGUGGAGACUGCGAUCCUGGAGAAUCCAACAAGAAUAAUGUGGUCCUGUUUGGUCGUUCAGAGGGCAGGAAAGAUCAUGUGCUUCUGGACGUACUUCCAUAUUCAGCCUACAGGAAUCCUUCAGUCGUCUCGGUUGGUUUGCCCACAGAGCUUCAGACUCCAGCCACUCAGUUUUGUCUAGAACAGAAGUUUCAUGGUGGAGCGAACCGUCACGUUUGGGCUGUGGACUUCCUGCAGCUGCUGCCGGUGCUGCCCGGAGCAAACACUCACCUGGUGCAGUUCUCAAUCAACCUCGGGUGUGGAGCCUACCAGCCGGCCAACAGUGUCAAAUUGGAGUUCUCAACCAAUCACGGUCGCUCCUGGUCUCUCCUGCACACCGAGUGUCUUCCUGAACUGUGUGCCGGAUCACAUCUGCCUCACAGCAGCAUCUACUCCUCAGAGAACUACAGCGGUUGGACGAGGAUCACGAUUCCUCUGCCCAACUCCGCGCUCACAGACAGCACUCGCUUCCGCUGGAGACAGACCGCUGUGGGAAGCAGCAUCAUGUGGGCGAUUGACAAUGUGUAUAUCGGGCCGUCCUGUUUGCGUUUCUGCUCCGGUAGAGGACACUGUUCACGUACGGGCUGCAAGUGUGACCAUGGUUUCAGCGGUCCGGCGUGUGAGCUGGUGUCUCAGAACUUCCCUGCGUUUCUGUCCGAGAGUUUCUCCAGCGUGAGGCUGUCAUCCUAUCACAGCUUCUCCUCACUGCGGGGGGCAGAGGUCAGCUUCGCCUGUGGGGUUUUGGCCAGCGGAAAAGCCCUGGUUUUCAACAGGGACAGUAGAAGACACAUUGUUACGACCCCCCUGGACAGUUCACAAGCCAGGUAUCUUCAGUUCACGCUGAGGCUGGGCAGUCGCAGCACGUCGAGCUCCUGUCCCGCUCCAGACCAGCCGGGUGAAGGAGUGCUCCUGCAUUACUCUUCAGAUAACGGCAUCACCUGGACGCUGCUGCAGCAUUACGCUUAUCAGGGCUUCCAUGAGCCCAGGAUCGUUUCUGUGGAGCUUCCUCCUGGGGCCCGUAAAUUCGGGGUCCAGUUCCGCUGGUGGCAGCCGUACCAUUCGGGCCGCGGGCAGGACGUCUGGGCUCUGGAUGAGAUCAGCAUAACCUCCAUCCUCUUCAACAUCAUCAGCCUGGACUUCAGUAACGUGUUAGACGUGACUCAGAGCCUGGGCUUCUAUCUGGGGAACGUGCAGCCGUACUGCCAACACGACUGGACCCUCAGUUUUUCAGGCGAUCACGGCUCGUCCUCCAGUAUCCGCUAUGUGGAAACACAAUCCAUGCAGAUCGGCGCGUCCUACAUGAUCCAGUUCUCGCUGGUCAUGGGCUGCGGACGCGAACCGUCUCCUCACAUCGACACUCAGGUCCGGCUGGAGUUCUCCACCAAUCACGGCUUGACUUGGCAUCUCGUCAAAGAGGCCUGUCUCCCCGGCAUGCCGAGCUGCUCUGAGUUCACUGCGUCCAGCGUCUACCAUCCGUCUGAGUUCACAGACUGGAGACGCAUCACGCUUCCACUGCCGUACAAAACCUGGUCGAGUGCGACACGCUUCCGAUGGAUCCAGAAUCACUAUCAGGAGCAGGACGAGUGGGCUCUGGAUGACGUUUACAUUGGGCAGCAGUGUCCUCAGAUGUGCCGUGGACACGGAUGGUGCGACCACGGUCACUGCAGGUGUGAUGAAGGCUUCACCGGCUCAGACUGCCAGACGCUCAACACUCUGGCCUCCAGUGUGCUCUCAGACUUCGAGUCGCAGGAGACCCUGGUGUCAGCGUGGCAGGAGGCGACCGGAGGCGAGAUCGUGCCGCCCGACCAGGGCUGUGGGGUGGUUUCCUCCGGGUCCUCUCUGUACUUCAGCAGGGCUGGGCUGCGGCAGCUGGUCAGCUGGGAUCUGGACACGGAGUGGGCGGAGUUUGUGCAGUUCUACCUGCGGAUGGGCGGAGACGGGGCGGAGUGUAACCAGGCCGACAGCAGAGAGGAGGGGCUUCUGCUGCAGUACAGCAAUGAUGGUGGAAUCAGCUGGGGUCUGAUCGCAGAGAUGUACUUCACUGACUUCACCAAACCACGGUUUGUUCAUUAUGAACUUCCUCUGGCCUCUAAAACUCCCUGCACGCGUUUCCGCUGGUGGCAGCCGCUGCACUCGGGCGAGGGCUAUGAUCAGUGGGCCAUCGAUGACGUGAUCAUCCUGUCUGAGCGAGAGAAGCACGUCAUCCCCAUGGCCGAUCCUACACUGCCUCAGAACUUCUACGAGAAACCGGCUUUCGAUCAUCCGCUCAACCAGAUGAGCGUGUGGCUGAUGCUGGGAAAUGAAGGAAUGGACAAGGACCGUAACGGGAGUUUCUGCGCUCCCACUCCCUCUGCACUAGUGUUCGGCCGGUCGGACGGGGACCGGAUGGCAGUGACCCGAGACCUGGCGCUCCGUCCCGGAUACACGCUGCAGUUCAAGCUGAACAUCGGCUGUGAGUCAGUCUUCAGUGCGUCUGCGCCAGUGCUGCUCCAGUACUCUCAUGACGCGGGCCGCACAUGGGCUCUGGUGCGGGAGGGCUGUUACCCAGCAUCCCCUGGGGCCACGAGCUGCGAGGGCAGCGGACGUGAACUCAGAGAGCCCACUGUGUACCACACGGGAGACUACGAGCGCUGGACCAGAGUCACCGUCGUAUUGCCACGGAUCGUAGCCGCCAGCAAGACGCGCUUCCGCUGGUUCCAGGAGAGCAGUGUCUAUCGGGACGCCCCUGCGUUUGCGCUGGAUGGCGUCUACAUCUCUGAGCCCUGUCCCAAUCACUGCGGCGGUCACGGAGACUGCAUCUCAGGCGUCUGCUUCUGUGAUAUGGGAUACACAGUGGAGGUGGACCGGUCCAGCUGUGUCCCGUCUGCUCCGAGUCCCACUGAACUGGUGGAGGAUUUCGAGGGGAAGCUGAGCCCGCUGUGGCAGAGCCUGAGCGGAGGACAGAUCGGUGACGGCUGCGGGAGCAUCAGCGAAGGGAAAGCUCUGUACUUCAGCAGCCUGGGCAGACGAGAGGCUUGCACCACGCCGCUGGACACCACCCACACCCGUUUGGUUCAGUUCUACAUUCGUAUCGGAGGGAAAAACAUGGGCUCCACCUGUUCUCGUCCCCGCUCCCGAAAUGAAGGUGUGAUUGUCCAGUUUUCCAUAAACAAUGGUGUUCAGUGGCAGCUCCUACGAGAGCUGGACUUUGGCUCGUUCCUGGAGCCUCAGGUGGUGACGAUCGAGCUCCCGCCCGCGGCUAAGACGCCUCACACUGUGUUCCGCUGGUGGCAGCCGCAGCAGGGUAAACACUCGGCCCAGUGGGGUCUGGAUAACGUUCUGAUCGGAAUGAACGACAGCGCUAGGAGUGGGUUCUUCGACACGUUUGAUGGCACGUCUCCAUUGAGACACAACUGGUAUCGAGUCGUAGGUGGAGAGGUGACAGCAGACUGUCUGAGCCCAGACUCAGUGCUGAACUUCAACUCCGAGGUCAUGGACAAGAGGCCGCGUUACGCUGAGAGCUGGGACUUCGAAGUGUCUGGCUCUUCGUUCCUGCAGUUUGAUCUGAGCAUGGGCUGCAGUAAGGCUGCGUCUCCAGCCCACGGCGUCCAUCUGGAGUUCUCCACAGACUGCGGGAGACACUGGACGCUCAUCACGCCCGAGUGUGUGCCUCCGGCCAUCGGCUGCUCCGGAUACACGCAGCGGUCCGUGUUCAGCGCUCCACAGUUCCUGCAGUGGAGGAGAGUCACCGUCUACUUGCCCAGCGCUGCCAUUUCCCCCAGAACACGGUUCCGCUGGAUCCAGCCUCUCUUGGCUCCUGGAGCUGAUGACUGGGCGCUGGAUAAUGUGCUGCUGACACCCGGCUGCCCGUGGAUGUGCUCGGGUCAUGGACUGUGUGACAACGGACACUGUGUCUGUGAUAAGGGCUUCGGCGGGCCGCACUGUGUGCCUCUAGUCGCUUUGCCGUCCGUUCUGAAGGAAGAUUUCAAUGAGAACCUGAGGGCUGAUGUCUGGCCGGAGGUGUACGGCGCAGAGAGGGGCACGCUGAGCGGAGAGCCUCUGAAAUCAGGAACGGCCCUCAUCUUUAAAGGAGAGGGGCUGCGCAUGCUGGUCUCAGCAGAUCUAGACUGCACAAACACCAUGCACAUCCAGUUCUCAUUCAAGUUCAUAACGAAGGGUGUACCUGAGCGCUCUCACUCCGUGCUGCUGCAGUAUUCAGUGAAUGGAGGGAUCAGCUGGCUGCUUAUAGAUGAGUUUUAUUUCCCCACUUCCACAGACACGCUGUUUGUUCACAUGUCUUUGCCUCCCAGCGCACAGACCAACGCUACGCGCUUCAGACUGUGGCAGCCGUACAGCAGUGGGAAGAAGGAAGAGGUGUGGGUGAUUGAUGACCUGAUCAUAGACGGCAACACCAUCAAUAGCUUGCCGGUUAUAUUAGACAGCUUUGAGGGAGGACCUCAGGAGGGGAACUGGCUGUUUUAUCCUGGAGGAAACACUGGAUUCUAUUGCCCCUAUCAGAGGGCAGGACUCUGUGCUCUCAGCUCAGUGCGGUUCCGCUGGUAUCAGGGGUUUUAUUCAGGCGGCGCGGCUCCGCCCACAUGGGCCCUGGACAGCGUGUACAUCGGCCCUCAGUGCCAGAACAUGUGUAACGGCCACGGUGUGUGUGUGCGCGGCACUCACUGCAGCUGCGAUCCGGGUUACUCUGGUCCCGACUGCUCCGUUCCAGACAUGCCAAACCUGGAUUUCCUGAAGGAGGAUUUCGAAGGUGGGGUUUUGGAGUCUGAAUACUUCAAGUUGAUGAGUGGAGGAAAGCCUUCCAGAAAGUGUGGCAUCACCACCAGCGGGAACCACCUGUUCUUCAGUGAGGACGGUUUGCGAAUGCUGGAGACAUUAGAUCUGGACCUGUCUAAUGCUAGGUUUAUCCAGUUCUUCCUGAGGCUGGGCUGCGGUAAAGCGGCUCCUGACCCGCGCUCCCAGCCGGUGCUCCUGCAGUUCUCCGUGGAUGGAGGUCUGAACUGGGCUCUCCUGCAGGAGUUCCUCUACAGCAACAGCAGUAACCAGGCUCACCUGGUGGCCCUGGAGAUCCCUCUCCGAGCGCGAACCUCAGCCACACGCCUGCGCUGGUGGCAGCCGUCAGAGAACGGACACUUCCACAGCCCCUGGGUUAUUGAUAAAUUGGUUGUGGGCGGCAGUGCCAGCGGUUGGGGGCCGCUGGAGGACGACUUCUCCUCCACAAAUGGACGAUCUUGGCUGCUGCACCCCGGCGGCACGCGGAUGCCAGUGUGCGGAUCUGACGGUGAAGCUUUUGCCUUCAUCGAGAAGUCAAACACGCGUUACGGCAUCACCACCGACAUCAGUCUGGGCCCAGAUGCCUUCAUCCAGUUUGAUUUCUCUGCCUCCUGCUCCGUCACCUCCUCCUGCUACAUGGUGGAGCUGGAGUACUCUUUGGAUCUAGGUCUCACGUGGCUGCCGCUGGUCAAGGAUUGUUUACCCACAAGUCCAGAUUGUUCUUCAUACACACUGCAGAGAUUACUGGUGUCAGAUACUUACAACAAGUGGGGCAGAGUUACAUUACCCAUACCACACUACGCCAGGUCCACAGCCACGCGCUUCCGCUGGUUCCAGCCGGCGCCAUUUGAUAAGCAGCAGACGUGGGCUCUGGAUAACCUGUACAUCGGUGACGGCUGUCCUGAGAUGUGCUCCGGCCACGGCCGCUGCAGACAGAGCUCCUGUGUAUGUGACCCUGAGUGGGGCGGUGAGUUCUGCGAUGAGCCGCUGGUCUCUCUGCCCGCUCAGCUGAAGGACAGUUUCAGUCGAGCUCCGGCGCUCAAUCACUGGCACCUGCUGACCGGCGGCAAGAUCAGCAGCGUCUGUGGAGCUGUGGCCUCAGGAUCAGCGCUGCACUUCAGCGGGAGCUGCUCUCGUCAGCUGGUGACGGUGGAUUUGAAUCUGACCAGUGCUGAAUUCAUCCAGUUCUACUUCAUGUACGGCUGUAUGAUCGCACCCAGCAACCGUAAUCAGGGCGUUCUGCUGGAGUUCAGUGUGAACGCGGGGAUCAGCUGGAAUCUACUGACCGAGAUCUUCUACGACCAGUACAGCAAGCCUGAGUUUGUGAAUGUUCUGCUGCCCGCUGCUGCGCGAGCCGUGGGUGUCCGGAUCCGCUGGUGGCAGCCGCAGCAUGACGGGGCCGAUCGGAGCGACUGGGCUCUGGAUAAUGUGCUGAUCUCCGGCUCAGAUGCUCACGCUCAGAUCUCAGACACGUUUGGAGGAGCGGCGCUGCCCAGCCAUGAGAGAGCGCCGGCUGACGGCACACACACACGACACAGCAGCUCAUCCAUCAUCCAUGAGGAGACCAUCGUGAGCGAUCACUGGCUGUUUUCUGAAGAUUGCUCCGUGAAGCGUUUCUGCAGCUCUCCAGACGGUGUCAUGGUGUGUGGCAACACGGAUGGACAGGAAGUUUAUGCUGUUACACAUGACAUAGUUCCUGCCAAAGGCUGGGUCAUGCAGUUCAAGAUUGCGGUUGGCUGCAGUGUGCCGGAGAAGCCUGCAGAGAGACAGAUUCAUGUUCAGUACUCCGUGAACUUCGGUGUGACCUGGAAGUACCUGGUUCCUCAGUGUUUACCUGCAGAUCCUCGCUGUGCCGGACUGGUGUCGCAGCCGUCUGUGUUCUUCCCGGCCGACGGCUGGAAGCGAGCGGUUUAUCCUCUACCAGACGGUCUCGCAGACACAGCGGUGCGCUUCCGCUUCUAUCAGAGGCAUUCAGAUACGCAGUGGGCGGUGGAGAACUUCUACAUCGGACCUGCUUGUGAAAACCACUGCGGAGGUCACGGAGACUGUCUGGACCAGCACUGUCUGUGUGACCCGGGCUUCACUGGGCCCAGCUGCUACGCCAGCACCACGCUGAAGCAGGCGUCGCUGAAGGAGCGCUUUGGCUAUUAUGUAAACCUGGUUGUGUUUGUGGAGUACUGGGCUAAAAUCGGCAGCGAGGAGAACGUUACUCUGUGCCAUCGUCCAACCUGUCGGAAAGAGGGUGUGUUAUUGGAUUAUUCUAUUGAUGGAGGUGUGUCUUGGACAUUGCUCCAUGAGAUGGACUAUCUGAAGUACGUGUCUGUGAGGAGAGAUUACAUCGUGCUGCCGGAGAGAGCACUGACCAACGCCACUCGUCUGCGAUGGUGGCAGCCGUUCUCGCUGCUGUCGGGCCUGGUCCGGUCGAGUGCGGAGCGCGCUCAGUGGGCUUUAGACAACAUCCUCGUGGGAGGCUCUGACAUCAACCCCAGCACCCUCCUGGACACCUUUGAUGACGAGGGCGUCUCUCAUGAAGAGAGUUGGAGCUUCUAUCCCAAUGCUGUCCGUACGGCCGGCUUCUGCGGAAACCCGUCGUUCCACUUGUAUUGGCCCAACAAGAACCAAGACGGGUCGCACAAUAUCCUGGCGACCCGAGAACUCAUUGUUCAGCCUGGAUACAUCUUACAGUUCAAGAUUGUGGUUGGCUGUGAGGCAGACCGAUGUGAUGACCGUCAUUCAGUGCUUGUACAGUACAGGAAGGAUGCCAGGUCAGACGUGUGGCAGUUAGUCCAGUCCGCCUGUCUCCCUUCUUCUGCCAACAACGUGGGCUGCUCACCCUUCCAGUUCCACGAGUCCACAAUCUACAGUCCUGUCAACAGUUCAGUGUGGACCAGAGCCACCAUUCAGCUGCCUGACCAUGUGUCGUCUGGUGCGACACAGUUUCGCUGGAUCCAGCACGAGGCCCCUGGCGAGCGCUACAGCUGGGCCAUGGAUCACGUGUACAUCGGGGAAGCGUGUCCUGGACUGUGCAGCGGUCACGGCUACUGUACCAGCGGACCCGUCUGCAUCUGUGACGAAGGCCAUCAGGGUGAUGACUGCUCUUUGUCCAGCAGUGAACUGCCCAGCUCUAUAAAGGAUAACUUUGAGUCUGGUUCGGUGUCUCAGGAGAGCUGGAGUUUGAUUCAGGGCGGCGGCAUGGGCAGCGGAUGUGGUCAGCUCUCUCCUCACGCUCACGGGGACUCGCUGUACUUCAACGGCUGCAAGAUCAGACAAGCCAUCACUAGACCUCUGGAUCUGACCCGUGCUAGUAAGAUCAUGUUCGUGCUGCAGAUAGGCAGCGUGUCGCAAACAGACAGCUGUAACGCUGCACUGGAUCAGGCGGAUAUGGUCGACCGGGCCGUGCUUCUCCAGUACAGCGUCAAUAACGGAGUUAGUUGGAACGUCAUUGCUCAACACCAGCCAAAAGAUUUCAUCAAAGCCCAGAGAGUGUCCUACAACAUCCCACUUGAGGCUCGUGUCAGAGGGGUGCAGUUGCGAUGGUGGCAGCCGCGGCACGAGGGUGCAGGGCAUGAUCAGUGGGCGCUGGACCAUGUGGAAGUCAUUCUUGUCAGCACCCGUAAACAGAACUACAUGAUGAACUACUCCAGACAGACCGGUCUUCACCACUAUUACAACAGGAAGAGGCGGGCCUUGCGGCAACAAACCUAAACGCUUUGAGAGAAAAACCUGCCGCUCACACAUUAUUCUGCUGGCUACAAUCCGCUUUCCCUGAUGAGAAAACACCACGUCAGGUCACUUCUGUCAGCAUCUGGCCAUACUCUCUCAUCUGAAUGAUACAUUGGACCAUCUAGUCCCAUUUCUAGCCAAUCAAUGCCUUCCCAGAGCAGUGUGAUGGGAAAGACAAGCACCUAAAUGUGGCGUUUUUGUAUACUUAUCUAUGAACUAUUGGGUUUCCUAAUUCUGUUUAUUAUAACCUUGUUUGAAUUCUCCUGAUGUGAACGACUACAAAGCUCUCCUGCUCUCACCUCACUUUCUACCACACUGUGAAGUUAUUCUGAUGGUUAUGAUGAUCAUUACUAGUGCUGAUAAAGUUCUGAAGAGGAGAACUGAAGAAGACUCGUGCUGAAGCAGUUUCUUGGAUGAAGAUAAUGACAAUGUGUUUUGCUGUUGUGUCUGUGGGUUCGUUUUGUGAUGCAUUGAUUGUGGUGUUCCAAUCAUUUGUUAGUUUUAUACUAACUUGUAUCUUUUGGGCUUGGAUCAUUUUUCCUUUGUGAAACAAGGCAAGUGGAGAAGUCAGCCUUGGAGAGGGAAAAAUAAUCAAGCAGAGAAUGAAAAGAAAGAAUACAUUUAAAAAGAGAGACUAACGAUGUUUUGUUGUUGUUGAUAAAUCACUUUUUUAUAUAUCUUGGUUCCUUAAGAAUAUUUAUGGUAAAUGGUUCUCCACUAAACCUAUUUAAAAUACACUGUGGGUGAAAUCUGUGUUGUUGUUUUUUUCUGUUUGUUUGUUUUUUGUUUCAGUUUGUUUUGUUAGGUUUAAGUUAUUAGGUCAGGUUCUUGGUUGCGAUCGAUCGACACCCUUCUCUUCUCAUUCAGAGUCAUCCAGUUACAGUGCUGUUACACAUCUCCUCAUGUCCACUCUUUCUUUGAUGAGCUGUCAGUGAUGUUUAUGAUGUUACCUUCUCCCCUUCUUGGUGUAGCUCUCCAAUAUAGCAAGUUCUUGUAUAUAUAUAUUGUAUAUAAAUAUAUAUAUGCAGGGAUCCAUCCGCCUUAUAAAAGGGAAAUAAAGAACUGUCAAAACCUC